AUAAAAUGAAGUCUUAGAGAACCACGGCAGAGUUCUGUCCGGGCUUUUUAAUUACAAUAACAAAGAAUAAUCUUUAUUUUAAGUGGCUCCUACGCCUGUGAGAUGGCGUGCCUGCAGCAGCCAUUUAACCCCGUGCUGGUGCUUGCAUUGCCGCCUCGUGAAGCCGCCGUGUCGCACCGCCGAUCUCCGAGCUCCAUCCCUGGCGGUGACCAGCCUCGCUCGGCUCCCUUUGUGUCUCCGAGUGCAGCGCCUCUCGUCCCGCCGCCAGAAGCCCGCACAGGCUGCAGAAUUCAUUAUAUCACAAAUGAGGGCUUCGCCCCCCCCAUUCCUUCCUGCGCCCCCUCUUUUCCCCCUCCCGCUGUACUGGCGCUGAGCUUCACAAAGCCCCUGAAACAGCGUGGGUUUGCCGUUCAUUUCUCUUAAAUAAAUAGCCAUCGCCUUCGCCCUGUUUACAUAGAUGAUCCUCCUUCCUGUGCGCCUCGCUUCGGAACCGGGACUCGCCGCGGACCGUGUGGCAUCGCAAGGAGUUCGAGUCACUGCCGGCGACCCAUCGCUGGCAGAACCGGGGACGCCGACGUUUGGAACGGGAGCACAUCCACCUUAACACUUAAAUUGGUACUGCCAGUACACGCUCGGAAACCGGCAUGACGGUGCAAUGACUACACAGCCCAGGCGAAAAAUUCAUGGUGGUAUAAUCGGUGUCGGCUUGUACUGAGUCGCAGAGGGUGUAAUGAGGGGGGAAGCAGCGGGCACGACGGAGUGCUGAUCGGCGGCGGGCUCAGCCGAAGCGGACCGGUGAUCAUCGCUGUCGACUCUCCUCCCCGGGACCUGACAGCAAGAUUUCAUUUCAUCCCGUAGCUUAUACGGCCAUAAGCCGUGUCUUGGCCGAGGAAAAAUGGGGAAGUGUACCGGGAGGUGCACGCUGGUGGUCAUCUGUUCUUUCCAACUGGUCGCUGCUUUGGAGAGGCAGGUGUUUGACUUUUUGGGGUACCAGUGGGCCCCCAUCCUGGCCAAUUUCCUGCACAUAAUGGCUGUCAUCUUGGGCAUCUUUGGCACCGUGCAGUUUCGCUCUCGCUACCUCAUCCUGUAUGCAGUGUGGCUGGUCCUCUGGGUUGGCUGGAACUCUUUCAUCAUUUGCUUCUACCUGGAGGUAGGGCACCUGUCCCAGGACAGGGACUUCCUCAUGACCUUUAACACAUCCCUGCACCGCUCCUGGUGGAUGGAAAACGGGCCAGGUUGCUUGGUCACCCUGGUGCCCAACUCUCCCCUAGCCCCAGAUGACCACCACGUCAUCACCGUCUCCGGCUGCCUGCUAGACUACCAGUACAUCGAGGUGGUCAGCUCCGCCCUACAGGUCUUCUUGGCACUCUUCGGAUUUGUCUAUGCCUGUUACGUCAGCAAGGUGUUCCUGGAAGAUGAGGACAGCUUUGACUUCAUUGGUGGUUUUGACUCGUAUGGCUACCAGCCACCGCAGAAGGCAUCACAUCUUCAACUGCAGCCCCUGUACACCGCAGGGUAGGCGAGGUCAGCAGCCCAAAGGGGGGAAAGAGGAGGAUCGCUGAUGAUCAAGAGGCUUCUGUCUGAGGAGGAGCACAGCAUGGUCUUCAGAAAGUUGUCUUUUGUAGAGAUGUCUUCAUUUCUGUAUAGCCUCUGAUUCAAACUGGGGAUGCGGAGAGAGAAAAAAAAAACUGUCUCAAAGAGCCCCCUGCUGGCAGGUGAGACUAACUGCAGUAUUGACUUACUGACUGGACAGUGCACAUGGCCGGUGACAAACCAAGAAACAAAAUGGGCCCAGUCACCCUCCUUUAACUGUGAAGAUGUGUGCACUUUUGGUAUUUUUUUUUCCUCACUCUGUGGUCGAGGUGGAGUGUGGGGCCAAGGGGGAGUUGGCUGCAGCGUGGUGCACGGUGGGCCAGGCAGGCCAUGGCGUAGCCCCUCCCCCUCUGAAAGUGCGGCAGCUUUUUUCUCCCCCAUGUGGUUUUUUUUUUUACAUCUGAAAUGUGGGGAUGGAGUUUGAAAUGAUUUGGUUCUUUCCACACUAAGGAUCGGGAACCUCACUACAUAGCUUUGUCCCUAAUUGUCCCGUGAGCAUAUCCAGUGGCAUCCAGAAGAUGCUGGCUGUGAUGGUUACAGUGGCUGAACACGAGAGCUCAGGCUGACCACCUCAGAAGCAACUGUGUGGCCUGCAAAUAUCAGCGAUGGCCAGGGGAGGAGGCCGAGAAGCAUUCCCAGUGCCUCCCUGCCAGUCCAACGGCCCUGCCUCUGUUGGCGGCGGUUGCUCUGCCUGGGCCACCCACCCGCGCCAGGAUGGACCCGCGGAGUGUCUGUGCAGGUGGGCCUGUGUCAGAUGGUGGGCAACUGGCUAUUACCCCCACCAAUCAGGCGCUGACGUUCAACUCGCAGCCAUCAUCCCACCUGCACAUGCUCAGUGACCCUCUCCGUCCACUUUAUAUACAGUAAACUAGAUUGGUAAAUAGUGUUUCUAAGGAAAAUUAUGUAGGUUUUGUGUGCAUGUAAAUAUUAACCUGCCCUAUUUGCCCCGCCCCCACUAAUCUCCCAGAAUGUCUUGCCCCCUUUCUGUUGUCAGAAUGCCUCUUGGCCUCAUUUCACACCUCUCUCUCUUCUCAGCAGCUCCCGUUCUCACUGCAUUUCCAACUGUCAUGUUAGCACAGAAUUCCUUCACUUUGUGGCUCUGAUAUUUUCCCGCUUUCCCCCCCUCUCCCAGAGGCUGGUGGGGAGGUGCACUGGGGACCUCUGUCACAUGCAGACUCCCUUCCGUCUCUUACGUUAACCUGCAGUGCAUCUCCCUCGUUCAUGUGUCACAGCUGCUGGUUUGUGUGUGUGUGUGUGUGUGUGUGUGUGUGCGUGUGUGCAUGCAUGUGUGCGCGUGUUUAUGUGUGUGUGUAUGUGUGCAUACUCAUUUUUAACGAGGUGUCAAAGGACACAACCCUUAUAUACUACUUAUUGGUGGGGG